CUUAUCAUUCUUGCUAUACGAACAUUGAACAAUGAGUGGAAGAGGCAAAACCGGUGGUAAAGCCAGAGCGAAGGCUAAGACUCGGUCCUCCAGAGCAGGGCUGCAGUUCCCCGUCGGUCGUGUUCACAGGCUUCUCCGCAAAGGAAACUACGCCGAGCGCGUCGGUGCCGGUGCUCCGGUUUAUCUGGCCGCUGUGCUCGAGUAUCUGACGGCUGAGAUCCUGGAGUUGGCUGGAAACGCCGCUCGGGACAACAAGAAGACCCGUAUCAUCCCCCGUCACCUGCAGCUGGCGGUGCGCAACGACGAGGAGCUGAACAAACUCCUGGGCCGAGUGACCAUCGCUCAGGGCGGCGUGCUGCCCAACAUCCAGGCCGUGCUGCUGCCCAAGAAGACCGAGAAAGCCGCCAAAACCAAAUAAGCAGAUUCAAGUCUUUUUGAAACCCAAAGGCUCUUUUAAGAGCCACCCCAUUUUAUCUA